AAAUGGCGGGAUGGUUUAAAUAAGUCAUAAGACUUCUAUACGUUUUGUGUUUUAUUUACAUAGUUUUAAUAACUAAACUAAUUUAAAUACGGUGACCCACUAGAUUUAGAUGAUAUUAUUGUAACCACUCAAGUUUUUAGCUUAAUUUCAACGGUUAUUUUCUUAUUUAGUCCUAAUAUUUUAAUUUUUAUGUCUAGUAUAUAUUAAAACAAAUUAUGUUACUUUGUUAUGACAAUACUCUGUCAAUUUAUUUCUGUCAUGAAGACGAAAUAAUCCAAUAAGUAUGGGGGAGAAAACUGGAUGUUGCCAAAGCUGUAGAGCUCCUUGCUCGGAAGGAUUUAAAAAGGUUGUGGAUCUCGAAUAUUCUGGGCUCGUUAUUUAUAUUCAUAAGAAGAAGGAUGAAAAGAAAAUUCCGCCUUCAAGUUCUGAUGAUUAUUGCUAUGUACUGCAUAAUACUACGUCGAAGGAACUUAAAAGGACCGAAUAUGUUAAUGAAUUGCAUAAAUACAAAACAAAAUGUACACAAUGUAAAACAGUUAUACAAAGAGUUCGUAGCCUGCUAGAUGAAAUAAAAGCGAUAAGAGAAAAUGACGUCAUAGGCAUCUGUGAUCAUUGCAAACAAGCAACUCACAAAAACAUCCCGUGUAAGAGAUGUGACUUUAUAGUAAGUAAGUUUAUCGAUAUUCAUCGGAGGAGGUGCUCUGAGAGGGAGCAGAGAUUCAAGGUCUGGGUCUGUAAAGUCAGGCAUUUGUUACAAGCAUUGAUUGAUUCAGAAAGUGUCUGUCAACACACGGUGUAUAAAGAUACUGAACUGGAACGUUUCCUUCGAGAACUAAAAGGACCUUUAUCUAUGCGGGUACAAGAUAAAGAUUUAUUUCCCUCGUUAAAUCUGGAAAAAUUGACUUCUCUUAGAAGCCUGUCACAGAGUAAAGAGAUGCUAGAAGAUUUGCUAUUUAAAAUUAAGCAUGCUGGUGAUAAGCGCAAAUCCGAUGAUAGUCUUUACCCGACUCCGUCAACAACAUGUCGUUGUAAGGAUGGCCAAUUUAACGAAGAAUGUCCAAAAUUACGUAAAGAAAUAGCACUAAUAACGGGCGACGUAGAACCAGAAAAAGAGCUUUCUAAGGAUUUAAGUAAAUUACUUAACAAGGAGGAUUAUAAAAGAUUAAUUAAGCAAUUAUUAGAGUUAAGUGGUGCCUUACCCCAAAAAUGGCAUCAAAAUAAGGAAAUAAUUCGAGCGCUGUUAGUUACUUUAAAUUAUGCAAUUAACCAAGAGUUAUCCAAAGAUAUUAUUUACAAAAUAUUAGAACAGUUAAGAGAGUUAAAAAAUAUUGUAGUGACUCAAGAUUUCACAAAAUAUAUUAAAGGAGAAGUUAUUGUAGGACUGACAUCCGAUUUCGGUGAUUUAUUAGGAACCGGAUCAUCUAGAAACCUUGAUAACAAUUUGCUGCAGUUAAUGUUAGAUUUGACUGAAUUAUUAGCUGAUGAACUGUCAAAAAAUGUAACUAACCAACAGUCACAAUUAUUGCUGAAAAGUGUACAGGAAGAAAUAGCACAGAAAUUAUUUAAAGCUAAAGAUGCUAAACAAGUUCGGCAAGAAAUAGGAGCGAAGGAAAUGGCUUUGAGUAAAGACGUACCACCAAUUUCGGUUAAAGGAUCAACGAAAGAUAUAACUCAAGGAACCGCGCGAGGGUCACCAAAAGCGUCACCGAGAGAUACAACCCAAGAAUCAGCAAAAGGACUUCCUAAAGUGUCACCGAGGGACAAAGCCCAGGGAUCUGCGCGUGCACGUCCUAAAAUGUCACCAAGAGACACGGUCCAAGAUUCCGGAAGAGCAAGUCCUAAAGUGGCACCCUUAGAUUUAUCUAAAAAACUUCCAAAAGGUACUGCAAAAGCUCCUAUAAAAUAUUCUCCUAAGGACAAAAAGCAAGAAUCUCCAAAAUCACCUCGGGCUAUUAAAGAUUUUACACAGGGCUCACCCAAGGGUCCUCCUAAAGAUUCAAUGCGUGGUGCAGCUAAAGCACCCCCUAAAGACCCUAUGCGUGGCGCAGCUAAAGGACCUCCUAAAGACCUUUUGUCUGGUGCAGCUAAAGGACCUCCUAAAGAUACAAUGCGUGGUGCAGCUAAAGGUCCUCCGAAAGACCCUAUGCGUGGAGCAGCUAAAGGACCCCCUAAAGAUCCUUUGUCUGGUGCAGCUAAAGGGCCUCCAAAAGAUUCAAUGCGUGGUGCCGAUAAAGGACCUCCGAAAGAUACAAUGCGUGGUGCUGAUAAAGGUCCUCCAAAAGAUACAAUGCGUGGUGCUGCUAAAGGACCUCCUAAAGAUCCAAUGCAUGGUGCCCCUAAAGCACCUCCAAAAAGCCCUAAACAAAGCCCAGACAAGGGAGCGACAGAACAAGUUAAGGGAACUUCUAAAGGUGCAUCAAAAACGGUAUCUAAAGGAUCGCCUAGGGAGACAAAAAAAAGUUCUUCACCUCAGAAAGAUUCUGGACAAGGUUCACCACCAGCUGUUAAAGACACAACUCAAGCGUCUUCCCGAGAAACAAAACAAACAUCAGCUAGACGGCCAACAAAAGACCCAAUGUAUGGCGCAGCUAAGGCACCACCUAAGCUACCUGCAAAGGACAUACCGCAGGCUACUAAAGCCCAGCCGAAAGACAAAGAACAAGUCCCAGCAAAAGAACCUAAAGAAAAAAAAACAAAGUUAGACAAAUCGGUCCCUAAAGAUACAAAACAGACUGCAGAUAAAACUACCAAAGAAUCUAAGCCCGAAUCAGUAAGUGAACCUGCCAAAGAAGUUAAGCAAAAACCUAAAGGACCCGCUAAGCAUCCGAUGCAUGGUGCAGCCAAAGCACCACCUAAACAACCAAAGGAUAAGAUAGUAGAGAAACCAGCCGAGAAACCAACCGAGAAACCAGCUGAGAAAGUACCCGAGAAAUCUACAACAGCCGAUAAAACUAAAGGCACUACAGAACCCAAAAAGGAAAAGGGAAAAGGUAAAGACAUACCUCUGGCUAUCGCUCAAGAGUUUAGCAACGGACUUGUUAACAAAUUACAACAUUUGAAAGAAGAAUAUGAUGAAACUGGUGACUUAAAUCAAGGGAUAACGAAAGAGAUAAAUACUAUAUUAAGAAAAACAAUACAGUGUUGCACACCUGAAAUGAAUACUAAUGUAGUAAAUGAGUUAUCAAAUUUAUGUGCAGUUGUUAAAAAAGGUACAAAAGAAGACAUAGAGGUAGUAAGAAACUUUAUUAAAGAAUGUUUAAAAGGUCUUACUAAUGAUGAGAAAAACAAAAAAGAUUUGAAGGCGUUAUUGGCAACCUUUACUAAGAGUUAUUCUAAAGGUAAAAGGUUGUCAGAAGAAAAAGCACAAUCAAUGGCGUUAAUUCAGAAGGCUCUUGACAAUAAAUUAAAAGAAGAUGCCAAGAAACCCAAACGCAAAGAUGAAGACGAUGCAGGUCUGGAAUCAGGAGACAAAGUUAAAGGUAAAUCCAAAAAGAAAACAAAACAACCAAAAUCAAAGAAAAAUAAGCUACCUAAAAAGGAAAAUGAGAAAGAAAACCUUUCACCCGAAAAAAAGGCUAAAGCGGAUAAAUCUAAAGAAGAAAAACCUUCAAAACCUCCUGAUAGGAUACCUAGAGAAAGGCACGAUUCUAAUGCAAUUAUCAUGAGAAUAUUAAUAAGCGACAAAGAACGCGACGCCGAAAGGAAAGUGCGUAAAGAAAAAAGAUUAGCAAAACAAAAGGAAGUAGAUAAACAAAAAAGGGCACGUGUGUUAGAAGAAGCAAGAGCACCACCACCUUCAGUGGAAACAAAAAUUGUGGUAGAGAAACUUAGUUCGGAUAUUCUUGCGUGUCCCAGGAGGCAAGAUCAAUUUAAAUACAUGGUUCAAGGAGAGAAAGUUACACAUUUCGAUGCACAUUACAAAGAUGAAAUGGAUGUGCAAGUAGAACCAUUGCUUUUCAAGACACGCCUGGAAUUCCAAGACGCUGAGCUCUUGGAUCUCACGCAAGCAAACAUAGAGCGGGGGUCAAGUUUAGAAUUUGAGAAGAGCUAUAAACAUGGCAUUAUUCGAUAUCGACUGUCUGACAGAGAUUUUAUAGAGAAGGGAUGGACUAAACUGCCUACAAAGAAGAUAAUGCGAAGGAUGAAUAUUUACAAAAUGGAGCCUGUGAAUCCGCAAUAUGACUGGUUUGAGCGGCACAAAGGGGAUAAAGAGUUGUUUUACGACUCUGGGGUCAGGUUGGCAGAUAUCGACGACAACGGACGGGGGCACUGGUAUUACAGGAACGGUGCUAUCGCGUUAGACUACUAUAAUGCUGAAGAGUCAAAUAUAGGUCAGCGCUACGUAGUAUACAGUUCUGGUGAAGAGAACGAGUCUGGGAGAGUAAAACCCAUAACUGUUCUCGGUUUAUUUGACGUCCUUGGCAAUGGUGUGGUCUACGAUCAUUGUGGAAACGUUAGACUGAAGUACAACCAAUCCGAAGGCCUCCUCGUGGAUCCCAAGCUUGGACCACCAGGGAGGUGGAAGUGGCAUACCUUGAACGAUCCCCCAGUUUUACAACAAGUGUUCGUCAACACUCGUAUGCACGAUAGAGACGUCGAACUAAUCGCGAAACCCGAUAAAACAGAAGAUCCAUCCGACAGCUGCUAUAAACAUACCCAGCAAGAAAUGCUCUCAAUAGAACUCGACAAUUUCGUCAAGGAAAAGGCAACGAAACUACUCCAGAAAUUUAAACCGUUCCAAAUAAGAAUGAAAGCGGUGAAAUUAAACGAACAAUUUUCACUGAAAAUUUUCGACCAAGCGAAUAUUAACUUGGUUUUUAGAGAUGGCGCGACGAGUCUCAAAAUUAAUUUGGGGAGGUUGUUGAAGAGUGAUGAGAUAAUAGAUACGGAGACGUCUGAUAUGGCCGACGUCGCCACACCUUACGACAAGAAACCUGCGAGGAGCGGCAGCGUUGAAAACAUUCAGAGACUACUCAGAACCGUAAGAAACAAAGUACGGACACAAAAUGAUUUUGCUAUGAAGGUUACAGGUCAAUUUUAGAAUUAUGUAAGCGUUUAUUUUGUAGUUUUAGUAUUGUUUGUG